AAGUAGGCACUGCGUCGAGUUUGCACAACAUCUAGAGUGCCCAUGUAUUCUAUCAGACCUGUUCCGUAGCCAUUUUGGCUCAAGUUCCCAGGCCACACAACCCGCACACCUUUCCGAAUGGAUCUUGACGUUGCUGUUGUGGGGGCGUCUCUCGGAGGGCUCUCUGCAGCCAACGUUCUGCACCGCCUUGGUGCAAGAGUUGUCGUGUUUGAGUGCUUCUGCCACGGCUUCCACAAUCGUGGUGGCGCGCUCGGGGCCGUGGAUGUCGAUCUUGUGCGAAAAAUCCGUGGCGAUGUCACUGGGCACAGGCGCCCCAUCAAGGGGCACGGCCACUUCUACGGAGACUUAUGGCAGUACUUGUACGAGGGCCUGCCUGAAGGCGUGGUGCAGUUUGGUGUGGAUGUGCAAGAGAUUCUGGAUUCGAGCAGCGACUCCCCACAGCUUCUCAUUGGCGAUGACACCCGACGUUUUGAUUUGAUCGUCGGCGCUGAUGGGGGUAGAUCCACGGUGCGCAAGUACGUUACGGACCAACUCCCCACGUAUGCUGGCUACACCGUUUGGCGUGGACUGGUGCCAAUGGCCGGUAUCGACGGCCCUCCUUCAGGCUCUACCACCAUCCGAGGAGUCCAGUACGCGACGCUUGGGUUCCCGUGCGCAGGUCCACCUGGCGCAGGUGACCUCUGGAACUGUGGCGUCUACAUGCUCAUGCCCGUGACGGAAAUCGAAGCCCCCUCGCGAAAUCGCCAGGUGAAGUCUGGGAUGAAGUCGGUCCCGGAUUGGUUCGUGCCGUUCAUCCGCAGGUUCUUUGGGGACUGGAACGCGAAGUUCUGGCAGCAGUGCAGCGAUCAGGGCAAGGUUUCACCUCACCCCGUUUGGGAAUUUGCGGCAGACCGCGUUGUUGCAAAUCGUAUUGUCCUCCUUGGUGAUGCUGCCCACAUGGCAAGUCCGCGAACGGGUGCUGGUGCUUACACGGCCAUGUGUGAUUCUGUGGUGUUGGGAGAAGCCCUUCAAAAAGAAGAAACACUCGGCGGGGCACUGCGCCGGUACAACAGCAGUACGGUCAAGCGCGGCAAACAGCUGUAUCAGCGCAGCCGUGCGGCAGCAAUGUCUUUCGCACCUCCCGACUGUGUACCAGUGUCUCCAUUGACGCUCCUGGAGGACGCUCUUGGACACAAACUUGAAGACCCCCCCAAAGUGGAUUCUUCCAGGGAGGGGAAACAAUCACCUGUAGGAUUUCUAGCACGAGUUAUUUCAGGCCCUCCUUGUUCCUCGAAGGACUGAGCGGCUACAUACUACCUCUGUCAGCCGAUGGGUCCACAUAGAACGGUCCUGCCGUGUCAUCCGGUGAGCCCCUCAGUUUUAUCCUUCCGUUUCCGUCAUUGUAUGUUCCCUUCUUCCCUCCGCCUGAUCCUUCAGGAGUUGGUCGUUUGAUUUUGUUAUUCGCACAAUCCGUUCCGCACCCCCAUUGUUUGGUCUUCCUGAUUGUUCGACAGCGGAGAUCUAUAUCAACGGGUGCUUCUGAAGAGGAAUCUGCCAAGGCUUGAAAUUCGCUCGAGUUGUGUUUCUUUUGCUGCUUCGUGCUGGGACAGUUGCAGCUCCGCGCGAAACAGGCAUGUGCGUACGCGUACGGCAGCGCGAGUGUUGCUUGAUAUACUAUGGGCACGUUUGCCUGCGGUUUCGGUCUUACUGUUACAGCUUGAUUGUUCUGGUACGGUGGACUUGUGCUGUUCGCGGCCCUGGAUAAACGAUGGGCGACGCGAGUAUGCGCGCAGUUGACCUCUCAUUUGCCGGAAACAUACAAGAUUCAAGUGAACAA